AUGCUUCCAGAUAUGCUCCUACACAUCGCUGUUAGGUUGCUUUGCCGGGAUCAUUUGUUAUUCGGAUCUUCCCACAUUUCGACAUCAGAUCCCGCGGAGAUUCGUAAUUUGAUCAUGUCUCUGAAGCCAGGGGUGAUUUGCGUGGAACUCUGCCACGAACGAUUGCCAAAGGUCCUUCAACAAGUAAAGGCUGGCUCAGUGGAUUGUCUGAAAGACCUUGGCGAGAUCAGCGAUCAUAAGAAUGAAUUCGGACUGACCAGAGAGGGAGCAGACAUGUUGUCUGGGCUUCAGCUCGCAAGCAAGACGAGAACUCGGUAUGAACUGAUUGACCGCCCAAUUUCUGUGACUUCUGCCAGGCUUGCAGCCAAGGUGCCGACAGGCGAAGUGACCAAAUUCUGGUUGUUGAGGCCCUUUGAGUUGCUUGGCGCUUGGCGGUGA